AUGUAUUCACCACCAGAUGGAAUAUCAAGAAGUGCUAAAAGACGAAAAUUACGUUUAAUGUGUAUUGAUUUAACAAGUGAUAUUGAAAAAAAUGAUGAAGAAAAUAUUUUAACAAAAUAUGAAUUUGCUGAUAUAAAAGAUUCAUGUAAAAUUGAAUAUAAUGGCGAAUCAAUUGAAUUUAAUGUUAAACAAUUAAUUUAUUUAAAUAAAUUAGGUGAAGGAAGUUUUGGUUUAGUUCAUUUAGUUAAAUUAGAAAAUCAUCCAAAUGUUAAAUUUGCAUGUAAACGAUUAACACUUGAACAUGAUGGAUAUCAAAAUUAUUCAUCUCAAAGUGAUUUAAAAGCAAUGAGAACUGUUGGAAAUGAUCGUCAUCCGCAUAUUGUUUGUUAUUAUGGAGCUUUAAUUGAUGAUGGACAAUUGAUUAUUUGUAUGGAACCACUUGAAACAAGUAUGGAUAAAUUUUAUCCAAUUCUUCAUUCACAAUUUCAUCCAACAGCAAUUUUAUUAGAUAAAUUUAUUCGAAGAUUAGCUAAACAUAUUGUCUUAGGACUUAAUUAUCUUAAAUCAAAAAAUUUAAUUCAUCGAGAUGUUAAACCACAAAAUAUGUUAGUUGCAAAUAAUGUUAUUUUUAAAUUAUGUGAUUUUGGUAUUUGUGGAACAUUAAAAGAUUCGAUUUCAUCAACUCAUCUUGGAUCAAUGAGAUAUUUACCUCCUGAACGUCUUGGAAAUAUUUGUUCUUAUGGAACACGAUCUGAUAUGUGGGCAUUAGGAAUGAGUCUUUUAGAAGUAAGUCAAGGUUAUCUUCCAUUAUCAUCCGAAUCAAUAAUGUCAUUUAUGUCUCAUAUGAAAAAUGAUUGGCAACCAGAUAUACCUACAACACUUUCUCAACAAACAAGAGAUUUAAUUUCAAUAUUACUUGAACGUGAUGUAAAUCAACGUCCACGUUAUUAUAAUGAUAUAUUAUCUAUGCCUUCAAUGACAACUCUUGAACAAAAUCCAUCAGAAGAUGAAAGAAAUCUUAUUGAAAAUAUUCUUAAAUCAUUACCAAUACCAACACCUGAAUAA